AUGGAGGAUGUUCCAUUGUGGCAACUCUUGAGGGAGCCCAAACCCCUCCCGCGCUCCCCAAUAAAGGCUGGAAGGAGGAACCAGACCGUCCCUGCGGAGCGUGGGCAGCAACGGAGGAACACUCCUCCUUGCCACACACACACACACACACACACACACACGCCUCUCUGUCCUCGGCGAAGCAGGCGCCCGCCGAGCCGCGCGCGUUGUUCAGCGGCAACUGGCGCCGAAGACGCGGGGCGUGGAGUUCACCUGGCCGAAGAUGCGAUUCCCCGGCGGUGGCUGAGCGAGCGGGGCGGCCACAUCCUGCGCCUCGUUGUUGGCCAGCGCCCUGCCCUUUCCUUGCCUGAGCCCUUCUUCCUUUGCCGGGGGGACCAUGCUGAAGGAGACGGGCAAGGAAGGGACGGCUCCGGGGCUCUGGCUGCUGGUCCUACUUCUCCUGGUUCCGCCGUCGGCCGUGCAAGGAGAGAACACAGAACUGCCAACCUUCUCCGCAACUGGCGGGUUCCACUCGGUACUGGAAGACACAGUCUCACCAGCAUUCAGUGCCACUGUUAUCAUCAUUGUUACAGUCAUCAUCUCCGGGAGCGCUUACUUGUGCUUCCUGAAAUACAUCUGCGCUGGAUGCUGCAAAUCCACGCAGGUGGUACCCGUCAGGAGACUGGACCCAAGCAGAUCAGAAGAGCAAGUGUAAUUUUAAUUCUCAUUGUGUUGAUAGCUCCACCAGGAAGAAGUCAUGUCCAUCUGUGAAUGAGAAUGAAAAGACCAUCCUGUUCUUGAAACCGUAAAUAAAGGGUGAGAGAUGUCUAAAAGAGGAGAUGGCACAUCUAGGGAAUUAGGUCAACCAAAAGAUAAAGCUUUCUGCUUGGAGAUGGUUUAUAUUCCUACGGCUUAUCUCCUUUGGAUAAUUUAUUGACAUGGGGGCCCCAAAAUCCAACAAGACACAGCCUGCAGGACUACUCUGAGCCCAUCCCCUGGUUCCCUUCCUUGGAAGCUGAAUUCCUUCCUUGUGUUUAGGAGAUGGACUACCUGGGCAUUGCUGCUUCUUACCACAUAUCCGAAGUUUGAAAUGCUCCUCCUAGUCUCCCUUUGUGACCCCCUGCUCUUGUGAGAAGAGUGGAUCUGAUAAGCAGGGCUGCUCCAGGGGAGUUGUUAGGGUGUAGCACAGAUUUUUUGGCACCUGAGCCCUGGAUCUCCUGUACCUUUCCCUCCAUUUUUUUUAAAUGUUUGUUUUCUGUUUUUACUUUGCUUACAAAGUGCAGUGCUGGUUAAGAACCCAACCACCAACCAUCUUGAAUUUGCCCACAGGCAUCUAUGCCUAUAAAUUAGCACAUGCAAAUCUUAUGCAAACUGUAGUCAUGGGCCAGUGUUCUAAGUCCUUUAAGUAAUUGGCAACAACCUCUGCUCCCAGUUCAACUUCACCCAGUUUUUUGAUGUAAAAGCUGGUACAGCAAGUUUUCCUUUUGAAUCCACAACGGAUUCUUCUAAGAGAGGCUCCCUGUUUACAGCAAGACAGAUGCUGGUUUAUUAGGGCUGCAUCUCUUUCUUUCUUUUUAAAUUACCAUACCUUUCCUCUAAGGAGCUCAGGUGCCUGAGUCCUUUCCCCCAUAUCCUCACAACAGCCCUGUGAGGCAGUCUAGGCUGGAAGAGAGCUUCAUGGCUGAGCAGGAAGUUUAAUACAGGCUUCCAACAUACUGGCUGUCUUUCAAGACAUUCAUAUGUGUACCCCUUCCCUUCCUCCAGGGUCAGAGUUAUCCAAUUGUAUAUAAUCACAACAACCCUGUGAAGAAGGUUAGGCUGAGUAAGAGUGGCUGGCCCAAGACUACAGUGAGCGUCUUAGAUUUGAAAAUAACCCACCCCCCAAUUCCAUCGCUACGCCUCUCUAGAUCUCCAGUUUGAUAACUCGCUGAGCUAAUGGCUGGAAACUGAUGGACUGAUCGAUUGCAUAUUAUCCAUGUAAUAAUAAUUGUAAUAAUAAUCAGCCCCAGAUAUGAGGCAACAAUGUGUAACUUGCACCAGAUAUAAUGGCUCAGACAGAUUUGUCACAAAAUGAUAGGGGACCUCCUUCUCCGUUUGAACUGGAGCAGUGUAAAACAGAAGCCUUUACUAAAUGGAGCUUUUGAAGUUUAUUAAGUGGACAUUCUCACGGGGGAGCCUGGCAUAUUGGCAUGAGAGGUGUGGCCAGCAAGCACAAUCCUGCACCCCCUUCACACAUUCACUGAAUCCAUGGAGGGGUGCCAGGGCCAGCACCAGCCUGCUGCAGGCCCCAUCUCCCCCCUGUAUGUCCACACAUGCACACUUAAAUAUGCCCAAUUGUGCCACCUCAUGCAUCAGUGUGCAUACCUGCCAUCACCCCAAGAUGGUAUCGGGGGCCCCACUGCCAUCUUGAGUUAUGACAGGCAUGCAUGCACAGAGCACCGAUGCGCAAUGUGGUACAACCAGGCAUAUUUAAGCAUGUGUCAGGUCCAUGGGUGGGUGGUGCUGAUGUUGGGUGGGAGAGUGGAGCUCCUGCUGCACAAUCCACACCCCCAUCUGGUCACAGCCCAUGACCCGAUGCUGGCAGGGAUCACGGAGUGGGAGCUCCAACCUCCCAGCUGCAGGGGUCCUCGGCGAGCCUAGAGUCCUCAGCCAGUGCCCAAUCUGGCCACUUGGGCAGUUCAUUAGCAUACCUCUGUCCUCUUCCCUCUUCACAUCAUCCUUUUUGAUCAGAAAUGGGAGGCUAUAGCUCUCCAGAUAUUGCUGGAUUACACUCUCAUCUCAUUGGCCAUGCUGGCUGGAGCUUUUGGGAAUUGGAGUCCGGCAACAUCUGGAGGGCCGUAGUCUCCCCAUAUAGUCUUCUAAACGAAGUGUCUGGACUGAUGCUGCCAGAUGUUCUCUCCAAUUGUGUGCAACAGGUGAUGAGAGAGUUUAAAGGGGUUUAGAAGCUUGGGGGGGAGAACACUAGGGCUCUCUAAGACUUUGGAUACAAAAAUAUUUUCUCUUCUCCUUGGAGAAUGAGAGGAAACCUUAAAAGGUGCAGAAGCCUACCAACCCAGGUUCAUUUGGGUGGAUUGCAAUAACGCAUGUGUGCCCAGCUUAUGGCACAUCAAGCCAAGCACAGCCCCCCAGCCAUACGGUAUCGGUGCUUGACAGUGCCGCUGUUUCUGCAGUUCCAGGCAAGCACCAGAACAGGACAGGACAUUUCUCAAGAUCCUGAUAUUGACCACAGGGCCAAUUCUACCAUUAGGCAGAGUGAGGGGGCUACGUCAGGCGGCAGAUGUUGGUAGGCAGGGAACAGCUGCAAAGCAGAGCUAUGUGUGCCACAUGACCUGACCUGCACCCCCUAAGCUAGCCCCCUGUCAUAAGAUGCAAUGGAGGACGCUGUCCUGUUGCCAAUGCUGAAGUGAGAUUCAGCUGCCAGCCCAGCUGGCUUCUGUAUAUGGGACUGGGGAGAGGGGAAGCACCAUCUUGUCCUUUGCCUUGGGCAGCAAAAUGUCUUGGGACAGCCCUAAUUGGUCAUCAGAUCUGGCUGGUGAACUGUGUAAGAUUCUGUGAGCAUCUAAACAUUACAGGCUAUAUCCUUCUUAUUCCAAAUUGUGUAUGCCUGAAGUGACUCUGCUUUCCUGGACAUUGGAGACAGUGUUCAAAAUGGGGCUUGAAAAAAGAGUUUGGGACUGGUUAUUAUUAGAUGCUGAAGAGGGAGAUUUUGUUGUUAUCACACUGACACUUGUACUAACAUUUGUGUCGGGGUAACUGCCACCUUUGAUGGCUCCUGCAUCCCUGACACUC